AUGCAGAGAUGGGGGCUCUGGGCCAUGGCACCCCUGAUUCUACUGGCUGUCCAGGCCUUCCCACAAACAGACAUCAGUAUCAGCUCAGCCCUGCCAGCGCUGCCCCAGGUGUCCCUGUGCCCCUUGUUCUGGAUGGAGUUCGAGGGCCACUGCUUCCGGUUCUUCCCACUCAAUAAGACCUGGGGGGAGGCCGAACUGCACUGUUCCGCGUUCUCCAUCGGUAGGAAGUCCGCCAAGCUGGCCUCCAUCCACAGGACUCCCCACAAAUCCCCAACAGGACUUUGCUUAGAACUGGGCAAAAUUGUUUCACAGCAGGAAGGGCAGUUUGAAUGGAGCGACGGUUCGUCCUAUGACUACAGCUACUGGGACGGGAGCCAACCGGAUGAUGGCAUCCACGCGAGCCCACAGGAGGAGGACUGCGUGCAGAUCUGGUACCGGCCCGCCAGUGCUCUGAGGACAUGGAAUGAUAACUCCUGCAGCCGAGCGUUCCCCUUUGUCUGCAAGAUCCCAUCUCUGACCAGCCACUGA